GUCACUUCGUGUUCGAACUCGGCGAAAGAGACCUGCCCUCCGGCAUCCCCGUGCCUCACCCGGUCCAUCGAGACGCACGCCACUCGGCCAUGCGCCCGUUGCUCUCGGCGUGGACCCGUGCGACCUGGCGCGGGGGCGGCGUCCGCGCGCGGGGUGCCGUGGCGGGCGGUGCUCGGCAUGUGCAUCAGAUCGCACGAGAGGGCUUCGCGACCUCAGAGGCAUAUGAACGUGGACGCCCCUCCUACCCUCCGUGUGCGCUACAACUUCUGGAUCACCUGCUACCCAGUGGCCCACUGGAGCUAUUAGACCUGGGCGCGGGCACUGAGAAGUGGACCAUGGAGCUGUUGAAGUACCUCCACACUUCCACCGCUGAGGUGGUGAUCCACGCGGUCGAGCCCAGCGACGGCUUCCGCCAGCGGCUCCAGCAGAACCUCUCCACGCGCGGCCGCGCGGCAGCGGAGCGCCCUCCGAACCUGCGCGUGGAGGUGUGCGAAGGAGAUGCCCAGAGCUUACAGAGCUUCGGGGCCAAGCGGAUGGACGGGGUCUUUGUCGCAACGGCCUUCCAUUGGUUUGCCACACCAGAGGUGCUGGAGAGCAUCUAUCAGGUGCUCAAAGAUGCUGGCUGGCUUUAUUUGAUUUGGAAUGUACCUCUCUACUAUGAUUUGCCACAAGAUAGAGCACACUAUGACCUCAAAGAGCAUGAGGCACUAUUUCUGACUGCAUUGAAGAAGGAGGUGGUCAAUAUCUACCAUGAUCAAAGUACCAUGGAAGUGAAGGACUACAACUAUAAGGCGAAGAAGAGCGAUAUAUUGAAGCUGGUGAAUGACUUUGGCAAAUUUGGCCAUGCGAAUCGGUAUCAGACCUUCUACAAUUCUCUGCAACAAGUGGGUGACGUCGACAUGGUCAUCCAGCGCAUUCUCUCGACCUCCUCCUUUAACCGCCGGAGCGAUCUGGAGAAGGACCAGGUGAAAGAGAUGAUCAAGGAGUCCAUUUUUAGAAUCUGACGGACCCGCUUCAAGUACCGAAAAGGUUCGGUACUAUGGAAGCCUGGAGUACGAUCAGAUUCGGAUACCUUAUUCCACUGAUGUGCUGCUCCUUCACAAGCAGUGAAAAUGCUGAUGUGC